AUGCGGCGGAUGUUACGUGAGAAGGUGUGGUGGCCAUGUAUGGACCGCGAUGUUAAUGAUCACAUACAGCAGUGCCUGGGUUGCACAGCGGUGAGUAGACAUGGCGCUCCUGAACCUAUGAUGCGGAAGGAAAUGCCAGAGCGUGCCUGGCAGGAAAUUGCCAAAGAUUUUUUUUCUGCUAAAGAGUGUGCAACAUUUCUCGACAUUAUCGAUUACUAUUGUCGGUUUACGAAAGUGAUAGAAAUGAGAGGCACUACGGCCUCUAAGACAAUCGAGGCCCUCGAAAAUGUAUUUGCUGAACAAACAUACCCCGGAACAAUGAGAAGUGACAACGGACCUCCGUCUGAGGAAUUUCGGAACUAUUGUGUGUCUAAAAACAUCAGGCAUGUUCAGAGCAUACCAUAUUGGCCGCAAAUGAACGGGUUGGUGGAAAGACACAACCAAGGUGUAUUGAGGGCCUUAAGAAUUGCUAAGGCAACGAAAUCCGAUUGGCGAAAAGCUGUCAAGGAUUAUGAGUUCAUGUAUAAUACGACUCCGCAUACAAUAACCGAUAAACCGCCGUUAGAAUUAUUAACUGGAAGACCAGUGAAGGACCUGCUUCCGUCGUUGCGCACCGAGCCAUAUUGGCUACGAGACGAAGAAACGCGAGACCGCGAUGCGAUGAUCAAAAUGAAGGGUAAAAUAUAUGCCGACAAUCGGAGGAACGCGAAGGAAUCGGAGAUCGACGUAGGAGAUACCGUGAUGCUCAAGAGUUACAACACCCAAAAAUUAGAACUGAACUUCAAACUGGAGAAAUAUGUUGUUGCUAAGAAAAGUGGAAACGAUGUUAUCGUCACGAACAAAGAAGGAUUAUCCCAAUCCACAACGUGCAAAAAAUCUAUGUCAGAGCAGAUAUUGCGCGAGUUAACAACCGAGCUACCAAAGGAAUUUGCUGACAAUUCAGACAAUGCCAUCGACGAGCAGGUUGACGACAAUCGAACGAUCGGAGCCACCACCGAGCGAUGCGGAGUCAGCGGUUCAUAUUCUGACCAACGUGAAUCGAACGGCGGGCACAAAUGUAAUCGUUAG